GCGGGGCUUCGUGGUCUCCAUGGUAACGGGAGCGGGGUAACGGCGGUGUGGAGUCAUGUUUAGUACUAAGUUGCUGCUGGUGGGUCCGAGCGAGAGUGGAAAAACUGUUCUGGCAAAUUUUCUUUCUGAUGCAACAGAAGCUAUUGGUGGUGACUACAACCCUACUCAGGGAGUCAGAAUACUGGAAUUCGAAUGUUUAAAUGUGAACGCUGGUGGUAAAAAUGUUGGAUGUGAAGUGGAACUCUGGGACUGCUCUGGUGAUCAGAAGUUUGAGACAUGCUGGCCUGCUUUAAUGAAAGACUCCAAUGGAGUUAUCAUUGUGUUUAAUGUCGAUGUACCCAGCCACCUGAAAGAGAUUGAGAUGUUCUAUUCCUACUUUGUUCAGCAGCAAAGGUUACAUGACUCUCAAUGUCUUCUCAUUGCUCACCACAAGCCAAGCUCAGCAACUGGUAGAAGCCGGCCAAAUCUGGCCCAGCAACUAAGCAAGCUGAGUUUGAUCCAUUCAAACCUAGAAGAGGAUCCAGAACAAGUCCGCACAGCUUUCCGUCAGCAUUUGGGAACGGUUGUUAGUUCUUUGUCAGAAAGCAGAGAGAAAGAAGAGAUGUCAAUCAUCACUUAAUAACUGCUGAUAGAUUUUUAAAUAGCUCCAGAACAGAGCAGCUUCAAUCAAAAAUCCAAAAUUGCAUUCAUUGGCAUAUUUCUAGCUCUCUUUUCUACUUUGUCACAUUUGCCCAGCGAAUGCAGGUGAACAGUCGGAUUUGUGUGCACUUUGAUGCUUUUGACUGUUGCUAUUCUGAAAGAGCAACUAAGUUGGUUCUGAGGAUUUUCCAUUAUAUCUAAGCACUAAAUUGGAGAUGCAAGGAAUACUUUUAUAUUUUAUCUUUUAUGUGCUUUAACUUCAGAGCUCAAUAUUCUAAGUGGGGAGAUAGUAAACAGAUUCAGAUUGAAUGUGACAGCAGCAGUAUUUAUUACUGAAUCAGUGCCCACUUCCAAAUGUCUUAAAAUAGUUUUUGGAUUUGCAUUGUUUUUCAAUUGGCACUUGCAGAUAAACCAGUGUUUUACUAAAGUAAAUUCUUACUUGUCUGUGACACCACACGCUAUUAACAGUCAUUGGUCACUGGAGACAUAAGCUCAGCAUUUAAUACAAAUCCUUUAGAAGCUGGUGGAAUGACUAACCAAAAGUCCACGUGUAUUGGUAACCAAACUAACUACCAAAAUACAUUUUGCAAUUAUUAUUGAUUUCUUUCUCAAAGUGUUCACCAGUUAGAUAUUAGCUAGUCUAAAACUUUGCUCAGCAAAUUGUAAGAGCAUAAAACUGUUCUUAAAUAUGAAACAUAUUCCACAUCAUUGUCAUGUCUGAAACUUCUAGUUCUGCUUAAGUAUUUAAUUUGAAAAAUAAGAGUAAUUCUUAAUUUUUUUCCAAGGAAGUACUGGGCACAGCAAGUUAUUAUUUAUAAUGAGUGUAAAGCUGGACUAGACUUCACAAAAUAAAGUUGAGACCAGUAUUUAUUCACUAUAUACAGUAUAGUUUUGCUGGAUCUGCUUGAACUGUUAUUUAUCAACUUCAGUCACUUAGUGGCUUCCCUUCCACUCUUGCACUGUUACUACUGGUGGGUUCUGCGAACCCUUUGAUUCCACUUUUUUUUUAAUUUCAAACAGUGUCCUCGGAGACUCAUUCAAAAUACAACUCUGCUCCAUUAUCCACUACACUGGUAGAUCUGUAAAGAUGCCGAAGUUGUAUAGAUGAGACCCUUAUCCAUGGUUGACUUGAUCAUAAAGUUUUGAUAAUUAUAAACACCGGAGAUUCUGCAGAUGCUGGAUAUCCAGAGAAAAACACACAAAAUGCUGGAGGAACUUGUUGCAUGAAUGAAGUCACUGGAGAAAAUUGCUGGUAAAUACAAAGCAACUUCCUUAGUCAACAAGACAAGGUACAGCCGGCAUUAUAUGGAGAUGCUUUCAGUGGAAAGGUCUGCUGGCCCAACAUGGGGCUCGAUAUUUUAUGUGCCAAAUAAAAUACCAUAUUUA